AAGGAAAAAAAAAAAAAGAGGGGCAGAAAACCAACGGCAAAGUGAAAAACCAUUAGCAGCCGCGCUUCUUCCUCUUAAACAAUCCUCCAACUAAUAAACCUAUCGUAUAUCAAUGGCGCAAAUGGGUAUUCGUCCCUCAGCUUCUGUACUAUUAUUAUCACAACAGAAUGGUACGAUCGACAGCAAAACACAGUUUUGCAAAACCCAUCAUUCUUCUUCUUGCAUUUGUUGCUCUUCUUGGAAUUUCCUUGACCCGAGAUUUUCACUCCGCUUCUUCUUCUGCUUAUGUUUCCGUUGCUACCACUUGGGCUCGUGACAAGUACCGUAUUGUUUCUCCUAACCUCUCCAAUCAUUCUCUAAAGAUUCAGGAUGUAGGAGGAAGUAAUAGGGAUCGUUACCCUGAGAGAGCGUUAGCCAUGACCUAUGCUGAUUUGCCUGCUCCUGAAUUGAAAUGGGAACAGAUGGCAUCUGCACCUGUGCCUCGUUUGGAUGGCUAUUCUCUUCAGAUUAAGGAUUUGCUUUUCGUGUUUGCCGGAUAUGAAAACCUAGACCAUGUGCAUUCUCACGUUGAUGUAUACAAUUUUUCAACAAAUACAUGGAUUGAGAGUUUUCCAAUCCCAACAGAUAUGGCAAAUUCACAUUUAGGGGUGGCUACUGAUGGAAGAUACAUAUAUAUAGUGACAGGACAAUAUGGUCCCCAAUGCAGGGGACCUACAGCAAACACAUUUGUUUUGGACACACAGACCAGAAAAUGGGAAAGCUUGUCACCAUUACCAGCACCAAGGUAUGCACCAGCAACUCAGCUUUGGAAAGGCAGGCUCCAUGUAAUGGGUGGAAGCAAAGAGAAUCGCCAUACACCUGGAAUAGAUCAUUGGAGUCUUGCAGUGGCAAAUGGAAAAGCCUUAGAGAAGCAAUGGCGCAAGGAAGUACCCAUUCCUCGCGGAGGACCACAUAGGGCUUGUAUUGCUGUUGGUGAUCGGCUUUACGUAAUUGGUGGUCAAGAGGGCGAUUUCAUGGCCAAACCUGGCUCCCCUAUCUUUAAAUGCUCACGAAGGUUCGAGGUGGUUUUUGGAGAUGUUUAUAUGCUGGAUGAAAGUAUGAAAUGGAAAGGGUUGCCUUCUAUGCCAAAACCGGUUUCGCACAUAGAAUGUUCUUGGGUUAUUGUAAAUAAUUCUAUUGUUAUUGUUGGAGGCACAACAGAGAAGCAUCCAGUGACCAAAAGGAUGAUUUUAGUUGGAGAGGUGUUCCAGUUCAACCUAAAUACACUGACAUGGUCUGUCAUCGGAAAGAUGCCAUAUCGGGCGAAGACAACACAAGCAGGAUUCUGGGAUGGAUGGUUGUAUUUCACCUCUGGACAGCGGGAUAGAGGACCAGAUAAUCCACAACCCAGGAAAGUAGUAGGAGAUACGUGGAGAACCAAAUUGAUAUUACACUGAUAGGUUACUGAUUCCUGCCGACCCCGUCGCUUUUCAAUGAUAUUGAAUGUCCAAGUCAAGUUCAUUCCUUGUUUGCAAAGAAAAAUAUAGAAUUCUCAUAUACUAGUUCUCUUCAUUUUUCUUUUUAAUUUUAUUUAAUGUCAAUGUUAGGUUCAUACA